AUGCGGCUGAAGGCUCGUCUCUCCUCUUUCCCCGCAUUCGUCCGCAUACUGACCGACCUCGCAGUCGCCAAGCACAACACCCCGGACAGCUGCUGGGUGAUUCUAUACGGCAAAGUCUACGAUGUCACCGACUUCCUGUCCAGUCAUCCCGGCGGCGCCAAGGUCAUCCUGAAGCUGGCCGGCAAGGAUGCCACCGACGAGUACGACCCCAUCCACCCGCCUGGCACUCUCGAGGAGAACCUCAAACCCGAGGCCCUGCUGGGGACCGUCGACCCCGCAACCCUGCCCAAGCCCACCGCAGAGAAGCAGCCUGAGGAGCAGAAGCAGGGCCCGCCGCCCGUCGAGACCCUGCUGAACAUGGACGAGAUCGAGCAGGCGGCCACCCAACAGAUCAGCCACAAGGCCUGGGCCUACUACUACUCCGCGUCUGAUGACCUCCUCACGAAACGCUUCAACACCGAAGUCUACCGCUCGAUCCUCCUGCGCCCGCGCGUCUUCAUCGACGUCACGAGAUGCGACCUGUCCACCUCGUUUCUGGGUCACAAAGUCGGCAUGCCCAUCUACGUGUCGCCCGCCGCCAUGGCCCGUCUGGCCCAUCCCGCCGGCGAGGCGGGCAUCGCUGAGGCCUGUCGCAGCUUCGGCGCCAUGCAGAUCAUCUCCAACAACGCGUCCAUGUCGCCCGAACAGAUCGUCAAGGACGCCGCGCCCGACCAGGUGUUUGGCUGGCAGCUGUACGUCCAGAUCGACCGCAAGAAGAGCGAGGCCAUGCUAGCGCGCAUUAACAAGCUCCCCGCGAUCAAGUGCGUGGUGCUGACGCUCGACGCGCCGGUGCCGGGGAAGCGCGAGGACGACCAGCGCAGCGACCGGGCGGCCAGCUCCACGAGUCCCGUGAAAAAGGAGGAGGCGGCGGAUGGCACGCCGGUUCUCAAGGAAGGCGGUGGUGGUGGCGUGGGCAUGCAGCUGUUUGCAGGCACCGAUCCGUCACUGACGUGGAAAGAGACGUUGCCCUGGCUGGCGAAGCAGACCAAGCUGCCCAUUGUCCUGAAGGGACUGCAGACACAUGAGGAUGCGUACAUCGCGUCGCUUCAUCCGCAGGUGAAGGGGAUCAUCCUGUCGAACCACGGCGGACGGGCGCUGGACACGGCUCCGCCGGCGGUGCACACGCUGCUGGAGAUCCGCAAGUACUGUCCGGAGGUGUUUGACAAGCUGGAAGUGUGGGUGGACGGAGGCAUCCGCCGGGGGACGGACGUGGUCAAGGCGUUGUGUCUGGGGGCGCGAGGCGUCGGCAUCGGACGGCCCGCGCUGUGGGGGUUGGGCGCGGGGGGCGUCGAGGGUGUUCGCCGGACGCUGCAGAUCCUCGCGGACGAAACGAAGACCUGCAUGCGGUUGUUGGGGGUGGAGAGGGUCGAGGACCUGGGGCCGCAGCAUAUCAACACGCGCAUUGUCGAGCAGCAGAUCUACGACGGGCCGUCGGGGCUGGACAAGGUGCGGUCGAAGCUGUAG